AUGGCGUCACUCUCUCCUCGGUUGCUGCCCUUCCUGGGGCUUCUCCUGCUCACGGCAGGUUUGGCAGCAGCAUCGUUCGCAACCGACGAUCCGUCGCUGAGCACGUUGGAUCAUGGCCUCCUCGGUCGGCUGGGCGACAAAGAGAGCACCCUCCAGCAUGCUUAUCAACCAGGCGCCCGCAAGCUUCUGCAAGGAAACCCAGAGGGUCAGCGCGGUGAACGCCAAGGGGGCAACAACCCGUUUCAGGGAGGCCAAGGCUUCAAACCUCGACAAAACAAUCCUUCUGGCACCACUGGAGCAACUGGCACAACUGGCACAACAGGCGCCACCGGGACACCUGGAGGCACCGGCCAGGGUAGGUCCUUCUGCAUGCAUGCGGAGGAGGCGGUAACUCCGCCGCAGCCGCAGCAGCCGCCGCCGCAGCGGCAGCUUCCGGCAACAGCGCUGCAGCAGUCGCAGCCGCAGCCGCAUCUGGCAAGAAUGGCGCAGCGGCAGCAGCGGCAGCAGCGGCCGCUGCAGCUGCAGCAUCUCCCGGCGGCCAGAACAGUGGUGAGGCUGCUGCUGCAGCAGCCGCAGCAGCGGCCGCAGCAAACGGCCAGAGCGCCGCCGCCGCAGCUGCAGCAGCCGCCGCCGCGGGAGGGUCCAACAGCGCCGCAGCAGCCGCAGCAGCAGCAGCUGCUGCGCAAGGCAUGCCCCAAAUGCAAGGAUGCGGCCGCAGCUGCAGCAGCGGCUGCAGCCGCCGCCGCAGGGCGCGGAUAG